UGGGAGGCAGUCGGAAAGACAGCGGGCACGGGAAGUUGUCCUUGAGGAAUUUCUUACAGCAAUGGAAAAUAUUGAGGUUCAGGACUGUAGAGGAGAAUAACCACAACUCAGCUCAAGAAGGAUUCAGGCAGUGCUCACAAAAGUGUUUGGGGAUAGUUUUUAGACUCGUUUUUAUCGGUGAAAUCAAUGAGUUCUGCGGACACCCGACGUAACGUUGGAGCAAGAUUCAGAAAUGGAGGGGGGACGGUGAAAGGAUUCGUCCAGAGAGUCCAUUCUCCUCACCCGUCCCCGAAUGACUCGCUGGAGGGAGAAAUUCAGGCCUUCCUCACUGAUGAAGACCAACUUCACACUUAUGACGACCUCACCAAAGUCAACCCAGUGACCCCAACAACAGUGCUGAAAUGCCUGCAGGCCAGGUACAGUGUGAAGGUGUUUUACACCCAUGCCGGCUGCACCUUAGUUGCUCUUAACCCCUUCCAGCCAAUCCCACACCUCUACUCUCUGGAUGUGAUGAAGGAGUAUCACUGCGCUCCUCAGCCCCAGGAGUUCAAACCACAUAUCUUUAUUGUGGCGGAAGAAGCAUACAGGAAUGUUCGGGGCCAGCUGGAGCCAGUGAACCAAUCCUUGGUGGUCAGCGGUGAGAGUGGUGCAGGAAAGACAUGGACAUCUCGAUGCCUGAUGAAAUACUACGCCACUGUGGCGGCCUCCUCCUCCGUGGUGAAGAGUCAGAACACGGUGGAGAGGAUAGAGAGGAGGGUGCUGGACUCCAACCCCAUCAUGGAAGCUUUCGGUAACGCCUGUACGCUACGGAACAACAACAGCAGUCGCUUUGGAAAGUACAUCCAGCUUCAGCUAGACAGGUGUCAGCUGUUAGUGGGGGCGUCGGUGCAGACAUAUUUGCUGGAGAAGACCAGGGUGGCCUGCCUACCGGAUAAUGAGAGGAACUUCCACAUCUUUUACCAGAUGAUGAAAGGGGCCACAGACGAGCAGAGGAAAGAGUGGAAGAUGCCACGUGGCCAACCUUUUACGUGGCUGCCAAAAUCUGAAAAAACACUUGAGGAGGAUUGUUUCCAUGAGACUGUCGAGGCAAUGGGUAAUCUGGGCAUUAAUGCAGAAAGACAGAGGCAAAUAUUCAGGAUAUUAGCAGGGAUUCUGCAGUUGGGGAACGUGAAUUUCUCCUCUUCAGCGGAUGAAUCACAACUUUGUAACCUAGAUGAACAAUCCAAAGACUUUUCACAGAGAGCUGCUGAGCUGCUGUGUGUCCCUGCCGAGGAGCUUCAGACGUGUUUAAGAGUGAGGACGUUAAAGGCGGGGAAGCAGAGUGUGCUCAAGCCCUGUCCCCAGGCCGAGUGCAGCAUGAGGAGAGACUGCCUGGCCAAGGUCAUCUACGCCCAAUUAUUUGAAUGGCUGGUAACAUUCAUCAACAACAGCAUAUGUGCAGACGAAUCCAUGUGGUGCAACUUCAUAGGAGUUCUAGAUGUGUACGGCUUCGAGUGCUUCCACAUCAAUAACCUGGAGCAGCUGUGCAUCAACUACGCCAAUGAGAAACUGCAGCAGCACUUUGUGGCCCAUUAUCUCCGAGCUCAGCAGGAGGAAUAUGUUUCAGAGGGGUUGCAGUGGUCCUUUGUCAAAUACCAAGACAACCAGAGCUGUCUGGAUCUUAUAGAGGGAAGCCCUGUCAGUGUGUUUUCUCUUCUUAAUGAGGAGAGUCGUCUUAAUCGAGUCUCAGACACAAAGACAUUCAGAACUCGUUUGGAGAAAGAGCUCUGUGGUAACGCCAACAUCAGCUGGGACAAGUUCAGCAAGGAGCCACACUUCACUGUGGCCCAUUACGCUGGCAAAGUCAACUACCAGAUACAGGGCAUGGUGGAGAAGAACAAGGACCCAGUGCCACCAGAGCUCAUCAGCCUGCUUCAGAAGUCUGACAACCCCCUGCUUCACCAGAUCUUCACUGACAAGGAAACUGAGAACCCAACUAACAAGGGCCUCAAUAAAGUCACUGUGGUCUCCAAGUUCAAGAACUCUCUGGAGAGCCUGAUGAAGAUCCUCCACACCACAACUCCUCACUACACUCGCUGCAUCAAACCGAACCCAGACUGCAAGCCGCUGACCUUCCAGAAGGAGGAGGUUAUCAUGCAGUUGGAGGCCUGUGGGAUUGUGGAGACUAUUCAUAUUAGUGCUGCUGGCUUUCCAAUAAGAAUUCCUUUCAAAGACUUCAUGCAACGUUAUGGACUGAUUGAAAAAUAUUCAAAUUCCAUGUCAGGGAGUUGUUGCGUUGAUGUGGAGGCUGACAGCGAAAGGAUUCUUCGGCCAGAGGUGGAGAAGCUCCUGAGUGUCGUGUUACAUAAGGCGUUUGACCUUGACAGUGACAAACACAACUCAUGGGUUCACUGCGGAAGGACUAAAGUUUUUCUCACCCAGUCGAUGUUAGAUUUCCUGGAGGAUCAGAGGAAGAAGAUCCUGUCUCGGUGUGCCUUUUCCAUUCAGUGUUGCUGGCUGCGGUACCAACAGCGCAGACGCCACGCCCGCCAGCAGGCUGCUACUCUGAUCCAAGCAGCGGUGCGGUCCUGGCUGGUCAGGAGGAAGGUGCAGAGAUGGAACAGAGCAGCUGCAGUCAUCCAGAGCACCUGGAGGAAUAGGAGGGCACUAUUGAAAUCCUUGGCCGAAGCCGAACUGGAUGAUGCGAAGGACCUUGUGGAAGAGGACGUAUCAGCAUUGAACCCUGUUAUCAGGGAGCGGGGCUCUGUGCAGCUCGCCAACAUCCAGGAGCCUGUCACGGUUCGAGGAUGGCCCAUGGGCCUGGCUCUGGCCUCCGCUCCAUCCAUCACCAUGUCUCUGACAGCCACAGGCUUCCAGAAGAUGAUGUCUGUGAUGGCCUCCCUCAACCUGCCCUCCAGGAGAGCGGAGUAUAAAGUGGAGACCAACCAGUACACAAAGGGGCUCGCCUCCAUACGGGCUCAACCUAAGGGAUCUGUAAAGCUGCACUAUCAGCGAUCUCCACUCCUCUAUGCUGACAGGCAGCCAGACAUGAAGACCGAUGUGACCGGGUUCAACGAGAUCCUGCUAGAGAAAACUUUGUAAGAGUUCCCUCUCAGCAGAACACUAAAGACUGAUUUCAUGGACACAGAUGGGGUACAAUCGGGCACAGAGGUGCUUUUGCAGUGAAGCAGCUGCUCUUCCAUAAUCUGACACAAAGGGAACACAUCUGGUAUUUAAGAUGAGUGUAUUUGUGUUUAAAGUGAUCAUUUACAGCUUGAAUUUACUUUUUUAAGAAUGCCAAAGUUUAUCUCACUUUGUGUUAUACAAGGGUGCAAAAAGCUGCAAAGGCUGCACUCUUAAUCUCAGUAAUAACGCAUAAUAAUAUUUCAUAAUGCGGUCUGCUGUGAACCAGACCUUCUUAUGAAAAAUCCUCUUUCAGGCCGCAGGGACUAAUUCAGUAUUCAGUAGAUGGCAGAAUCACAGACCUUCCACAUCUAGAUAAUGCAGAGACGAUCUUGAGUUGUGAUCAUGAUGAUGUCAUUGCAGGAAAAGAGUAAUUUUUAAAAUGAGACCUGGAAUUUCAUGGCACAAUCCCAGCACCUUUAAACAGAGGACUGCAGGUUUUUGCUCCAUUGUUGCCUCUUUGGAACGACUGUUGAUCAAAGUAUUGGGCCUUUGACUUGUGCCUUUCUUAAAAUCUACACGCAAAUCACAAAUGGGAUGUUAGUAUAUGUAUUUAUUUAUGGGUGACUAUUUAUGUGCUUCUUUAGAUUUAUUGUGGGUGUGAAAAACAUCGUGAUUCAGAUGCACAUAUGAUUGCAGAUGUCAGCCCAACAUCCUGCAUUUAUUCCGAGUGAUUUAUGUGGGGGGGGAUUAAUUAAGCAAAUAUUGCACAUGUAAAGCACAUAUUGCACAUUAAAACCACACAGUAACUGACA